AUGUGGCUUCUCCCCAGCUUUAGGGCCGCCCUCGCCUGGGCUCUCCUCGGCGUGCUGCUGGGGAUGGAGUUAAGCCUGCAGGAAAGUUUACUGUUAAAAUCCUUGGGUUUGAGUGCCAAGCCCAGCCCCAAAACCUCCAUUCCUGUGCCGUCUGUGCUCUGGCGGAUCUUCCAGAAGAGAAAGACACUGCCUUCUACAAACAAAGACCUGGCGGAUGCCUGUAGGGUGGAGGAAUUUAAUGUCCCUGGGAACAUCAUCCGUGUCUUGGCUGACCAAGGCCAGUUCAUUCACAACGGGCAGCCCCAGAGGCUGCUGUGUCUGCAGAAGCGUCUGUACUUUAACCUCUCCGUGCUGGAGGAGGGCGAGCGCUUGACGAUGGCACAGCUGGAGAUCAAGUUCAGCCACAACUCCUACCACACCUCCAGCCAGGGGCAGUUUUUCGAGCUGAGGCUCUACCAAGCCUCCCAGAUGUCUCUCCGGGGGAUGUCCUCCCACGAGCGCGGCCGAAAGCUGCUGGUGGAGCAGUCCUUCGCCCAGCUGCACAAGUCUCUCCUCUUCAACCUGAGCGGCACGUCAGCCCUGGCGAGGGGAGGGCGGCAGGACCUCUGCGCCAGCAUCGACGCCUUCUUGGACACCUCUCUGCUGGUGGUGACCCUCAGCCAGCAGCAGUGUAAGGCUUCCAGGAGGAAGAGAAGUGCUCACUACGUCCCCAUGACGCCAAGCAACCUCUGCAAGCCCCGGCGGCUUUACAUCAGCUUCAGCGACGUCGGCUGGGAGAACUGGAUCAUCGCCCCGCAGGGCUACAUGGCUAAUUACUGCCUGGGCGAGUGUCCCUUUCCCCUGACGGCCGAGCUCAACAGCACCAACCACGCCAUCCUCCAAACCAUGGUGCACUCGCUGGACCCGGAGGGGACCCCCCAGCCCUGCUGCGUCCCCGUCAGGCUCUCCCCCAUCUCCAUCCUCUACUACGAUAACAACGACAACGUGGUGCUGAGGCACUACGAGGACAUGGUGGUGGAUGAGUGUGGCUGCAGAUAG